GCGGAGGGUGUAACAGAGCGAGAGAGGAGCCCGAAGCUGUGCGGUUGUGUUCGUCUGUGUGCAGAGGGGAGCCUUCGCAUUUCGGGGAACCCCCCCACUACCCGUCCCUGAUCUCCCCUCAACUCCUUGUCCCGAAGGAAGCGACCUGUUACCAUGACCCUGGGAUGCCCCAGGAAUAGGGCAGCAGAGGUCUGUGGCGCACUGGCCAGGAUCUGGGUCCUGUUUUGGGCGCUCGGGGCGAUGGGGUCUCCCCCUUCCCCUGCGGCCCCCCGCAAGGCCUACACCUUUGGGAGAAGCUUCCUGGGUUUGGAUAAAUGCAACGCUUGUGUGGGGACCUCAAUCUGCAAAAAGUUCUUCAAAGAGGAGAUCAGGUUUGAGAAGUGGCUGUCCCCACAGCUGAUGCUGCCCCCUGUCUACAGGAGGUGGUACCUGGCCAACUACACGGAUGACUCUGAGAACUGGCGGCCUGUGGUCCUGUCGCGACUCAUCCCCCAGCCACUCCACGAGGCAUCGGACCGCUCCAUCUGCAGCUCGGCAGGGCGAGCUCACUCCUGCAGCAUCGAGGCCGUCCUGAGGGCCACGCCCCGUUUUCAGGACUGGGCUCGAUCUCACCUGCUGCUGCCACGCAUGGUCCAGGGUCUGGCCACGCCCAUGAUGCGCUGCCCCUCCCAGCGGCUGCUGGACCGGCUGGUGCGCCGCUACGCCGAGGUUACGGACGCCGGGAGUGUGCAGAUGAAGCACUUUGCCGAGCGGGACAAACUGCGGCUGCUCUACACACUGGCCGUCAAUCAACACCCACUGUUACUUCAGAUGUUCCCAGGCACGGAGGGCUGGCCUUUUCCCAAAUACUACGGCUCAUGCGGCAGGAUGAUGGUGUCGGCCACCACCAGGCCCAUCAGGAGCACGUACGACUCCGCGCUGGAGACCCGAGCGGACAUCGCCUACCAGCUGCUCCACGUCGCCCAGGGGCUGAGCUCCAACAGCCUCCGGUUCCUCCUCUACUACACGCGCGUCUCCGAGGACAUGUUCGCCACCUUCGAGGACGGGAAGCUCUUCAUCGUGGACGCCAGUGCUAUCGGCAUCAUCGACCUGCUGGAAGGUGUCCCGCCCGACUCCGAGCCGGAGCGCGAGGACGUCUUCUCCUGCCUGAGCACCUCCUGCGCCCGGCCCCCGCCCUGCAGCUCCGUGCGGCCCUCCCAGAGCUUCUCCCUGCUCUGCCGGGACCUCCUCCCGAAGCUGCUCACGCCGCGGGACACGCGGGCGGGGCGACUCCACGGGGACGCGGCCCGGCUGCUGGGGGUCUGCGCGGACGGCGCGCGGGCGGACCGGAGCGUCGCGGACGCGGCACGCGGGCUGAUGGGCCUGCUGAAACCGCUGCGGCCCUGCAGCCCGCAGCUGGCGUACCGCUACCCCGAGUGCAGGUACGGAGACCAGUUCUGAGCUCAAGCGCCGGGGACGCCUGGGACAGCCGGGGAUGUCUGGGAGGACCCGAGAGACAUGGAGGACAUCCAGCCAGAACUUAGGGACCGCCAGGACUGAGCUCCAGACGAGAAAAGGGGAGGAACUGCCUCCUCCCACACCCACCCCCCAGUGAUGACAUCACCUGACAUCCACUAGGACAACAGGAAGAGCCACGCCUAAACUAGGCUGCAUUCAGAUGAGGAAAAAAAUCAGUUGGCUGCAAACUGUAUUCAUACACUGAAAAGGUGCUGUAGAUUAAAUGUCCGGCUGCUGACAGGCUGUACGCAGUUACACUCAUUCUUAAUUACCCCACUUGUGGUUAUGGCCUACCUGCUCAAUACAACACCCCUGGGAGAGGGUCAAGGCAUCGCGACCUGCAAUGGUCCAAAAUACAAAGGUACACUUCAAAACUAAGAGUGAGGGAGAGAUGCAAUGGGACACACACGGGGGCAAAAAGAUGGAGACAGAAGACGAAGAGGCUUUGCAGCAGCUGAUGGGAUGGGACUGAACGUCCAGUCGCAGCAGACUGCAAGUAUGGUGACGAAGAGGCUAUUUGCUGUGGACCUUUACAUGCUCUCUCAUUGUACUGUUUCCACUCCACCAAUCUACUGGAGCAAUCAUUAUUGUCCCCUCAACAUGGU